AUGGCGGCGAUCCAGCAUUUGUUGCAAAGGGCCUUGAGACCUCCGUGCUCGUUACAGUCACAACUGGCAGGUGAAGCCGUGCGAUCGUCCUCCCAUGCGACGCCGCUGCGAGCAGUCACGAAGCUUCCUGGCCUCGUUCGCGGACAGGCGUCUGCGUCCGCGUCAGCGGCGGCGUCCCAGCGAGGCGCAGCAGCUGGCGGACGGGCGGGUGGGCGCGGGGACUCGUUGCGAUGCAGCGCGCAGGCAGCACCGGGCGACGCAGCACAGCAGCAGCAGCGCGAGGGGGAGGUGUUGGGGCAGCUGAGGCGCAUCCUGGACCCGGACCUGGGGGCGGACAUAGUGUCGUGCGGCUUCAUCAAGAACCUGCAAGUGGACGAGGCGGAGGGCUCUGUGACGUUCGACAUGGAGCUCACCACGCCCGCCUGCCCCGUCAAGGACUCGUUCGAGGCACAAGCGCGCGAGUACGUGGGGUCGCUGCCGUGGGUCAAGACUGUUGCCCUCACCAUGACAGCUCAGCCGCCCAAGCCGCUCGUGGCAGAGGAAGUGCCACGUGGCCUGCAGAGAGUGGCCAACAUCAUCGCUGUAUCCAGCUGCAAGGGCGGGGUGGGCAAGUCAACAGUGGCGGUGAAUCUAGCGUACGCGCUGCACGGCAUGGGCGCUAAAGUCGGCAUCUUUGACGCCGACAUCUACGGGCCCUCCCUGCCCACCAUGGUCUCUCCCGAGCUCCGUGUGCUGCGCAUGGAUGCGGAGACGAGGGAGAUCAUGCCAACAGAGUACCUGGGCGUCAAGCUCGUCUCCUUUGGCUUCGCUGGCCAGGGCAGUGCGAUCAUGCGGGGCCCCAUGGUAUCAGGGGUGAUAAACCAGCUGCUCACCACUACAGACUGGGGGGAGCUGGACUACCUCGUCAUUGACAUGCCGCCCGGCACUGGAGACAUCCAGCUCACGCUCUGCCAGGUGGUGCCGCUGACAGCAGCAGUGAUCGUGACCACGCCACAGAAGCUCGCCUUCAUCGACGUGGCCAAGGGCGUGCGCAUGUUCUCCAAGCUUAAGGUGCCGUGUGUGGCAGUGGUGGAGAACAUGGCCUAUUUCGAGGCAGACGGGAAGCGCUACUUCCCCUUUGGCAAGGGGUCGGGCAGCGAGGUGGUGGCGCAGUUUGGCAUCCCACACCUCUUCGAGCUGCCCAUUCGCCCCGAGCUGUCAGCAGCGGGGGACAGCGGGCAGCCGGAGGUGGUGGAGGACCCGUUGGGCGAGGUGGCUCGCACGUUCACGGAUGUGGGGGCGUGUGUGGUGCAGCAGUGCGCCAAGCUGCGGCAGCAGGUCGCCACAGCAGUGCUGUAUGACGAAGCUCUGAGGGCCCUGCGAGUGAAGCUUCCAGGAAGCGACGAGGAGUUCUUCCUGCACCCGGCAACAGUGCGACGCAACGACCGAUCGGCGCAGAGCAUUGACGAGUGGACGGGGGAGCAGAAGCUGCAGUACAGUGACGUCAGCGAUGACAUCAUCCCCGAGAGCGUGCGGCCUAUGGGCAACUACGCCGUCUCUAUUGUGUGGCCUGAUGGGUUCAGCCAGGUGGCACCGUUCGACCAAUUGGAGGAGAUGGAGCGCAUCGUGGAUGUGGAGGGCAGGCGAGAGGCCGUGGCUGCGUUCAAGGAGCAGGAGAGCGGAGCUGGGGCUGCUGAUGUGGCACCAGCUGUGCCCGUGCAAUCUGACCUGGCAACUGAGGGGGCCAAGUCGUCUGCAGCCACGUCAGCAGCGGCACAAAUCUUAGCCCAUGCACGGACCUUGAAGCAAAUAUAA